CAAAUGGCGCCGGCGGCGGCGGCGGCCGCCGGCGGCGGGUGGCGGAGGAGGAUGAGGCUGCGGAUCUACAAGCGCAAGGUGCUGCUGCUGGCGCUGGCGCUGGCGGCCUGCGCGCUGGUGCUUUGGAGCGGAGGGCGGCGGAGGCAGCAGCGGGGCGGCACCGGGGAACCGCCGCGGGCGAGCGAGCCGCCGCCGCCGCCUCCUCCGCCGCCGCCUCGCCGCCCCGCCGCCAACGCCUCGGCCUCGGCCGCCCCCCAGCUCGUCCCGCUGCCCGCCGAGAACGAGACGCGGAGCUACCGCUCGCUCGUCUACCGGCUGAACUUCGACCAGCCGCUGAGCAACGCGGGGCGCUUCCCGGCCCGAGGUGCCGGUGCCGGUGCCGCCGACGUGGUGCUGGUGGUGCAGGUGCACGAUCGAGCCGAGCACCUGCGGCUGCUGCUCGAGUCGCUGCGGCGGGCGGCGGGCGUGGAGAACGUGCUGCUGGUGCUGAGCCACGACCUGUGGGCCGAGGAGCUGAACCGGCUGGCGGCCGGCGUGGACUUCUGCCCGGUGCUGCAGGUCUUCUUCCCCUUCAGCAUCCAGCUCUACCCCCGCGAGUUCCCCGGCCACGACCCCCGCGACUGCCCCCGCGACGUGGGCAAGGCGGCGGCCCUGCGGCUGGGCUGCAUCAACGCCGAGUACCCCGACUCCUUCGGGCACUACCGCGAGGCCCGCUUCUCGCAGACCAAGCACCACUGGUGGUGGAAGCUGCACUUCGUCUGGGAGCGGGUGCGGGCGCUGCGAGAGCACGCCGGGCCCGUCGUCUUUCUGGAGGAGGACCACUACCUGGCGCCCGACUUCUACCACGUCCUCAAAAAGCUGUGGGCGCUGCGCGAGCGCGAGUGCCCCGAGUGCCAGAUCGUCUCGCUGGGCACCUACAGCCCCGUGCGUGGCGGCUUCGCCGGCCGCGCCGACAAGGUGGAAAUGAAGACGUGGAAGUCCACCGAGCACAACAUGGGCAUGGCCUUUGGCAGAGACACCUACCAGAAGCUCAUCGAGUGCACGGACGCCUUCUGCACCUACGAUGACUACAACUGGGACUGGACUCUGCAGCACUUGACUGUCUCCUGUCUUCCAAAGUUCUGGAAAGUGCUGGUCCCCGAAAUCCCCAGGAUUUUCCACACGGGGGACUGUGGCAUGCACCACAAGAAAUCCUGCAGACCGUCCACCCAGAGUGCCAAAAUCGACUCUCUCUUGAACAGCAACCGACAGUACCUGUUCCCCGAAGCCAUGAGUAUCAGUAAAAGGUACUCCAUGGCACCCCUGUCCCCCCACGUGAAAAACGGAGGCUGGGGGGACAUUCGGGACCACGAACUCUGUAAGAGUUACCGCAGACUUCAGUGAGGAUCGCGCUCGCAGCCUUUUUCUUUCUGAAUUGCUCCAUACUGUCUUUUACAGGCACACACAUGUAUAAAAGCAUUUAUGGGUUGGUUUCUGCUUUAAUAUGAAUAAACGUUCUUGUAAAAGGCGUCCCACGAUGGUCAUCUUUCAUGUUCGGCCACCAGCCUUCAGAGACGGGCGGCUUGCUGCCGCUGGGCCGCUCGGAGCAGCCUCGACACCCGUGCGCAGAAGGCGGCCGUCGCUGUCUUACUGGGAGGAGGAGGAAAUAACUUACCUAAGUGCAUCCCUCCGGGUGCUCACAGUGUGCUUUUUGUUCCUUUUUCCCCCGACGUGCCCUUGGUGCAGCGUGGAAGGGGCAGCGCGUGGUGAGGAGCGAGCGGACUGAGCCUCCCCGCGGCCCUCGGUACCUGCGUCCCGGUUGGUUUGCGAUGUGUUGAUGAAUAUAUGAAGGAAAAAAGAAAUCAUUGUUUUUACUACAAUGUAGAUAAAUAUAUACGAUUUUUUUAGUUCUGCCAAAAUAAAAUUCUGUUGUUUUGUAAUA